CGUGCCUCCACUUCCUGUAAAGCUCCGGGACACUCAGCAAGAUGGCUGCGUUCCUGCGAGCUCGUAAAUAUGUUCGCUGUGUUGUCCGUUUCUCCGACCGUGAACUGUAAACGCUCGUGUUGUCGGCUUGUGGGAAUAAACGGAAGACCUUGCGUCCAGCUGUCAUGGCUGACGAAAACGCGGAUAUUGGAGGCACAAUCGAGGAUGAAGAUGAAGGUUUGGAUGACCCAAACCUUCAGCUGGAGCUCAAUGCGUUCAGAGCUCAGUGGAUGUCUGAGCUCAAACCGGGCUCUGGACCUUGUGGAACAGGUGACCGACUGCUGCGAGCUAAAGGUCUGAAGAGGAACCAAGACGUUACUCAGGAGGAGAAAGCCACAGAGCUGUUCUUGAGAGCUGUUCAGGAAGAGCAGAAUGGGGCUGUUUAUGAGGCUAUAAAGUUUUAUCGCCUAGCCAUGCAGCUUGUGCCUGACAUUGAGUUCAAAAUCAACUACAGCCGUCCUCCCAAAGCAGAAAGAGCUGGACAAAGCUACAUGAAGCACGGUUUUGUUGAUGGCGAAAUGGGGGACAGUGAUGUUGAUGGCGAGAUUGAAGAUCUGCUUGCCUACUUUGAGCAGCAGCUCAAUCUGGAAAGCCUCUCUCCAAAGAUUUGCAUUCCUGAGCUGGAAAUGGCUCAGACUCACAUUUCAGCCUUGCCGCGAGAAAUUCUGAUGUACAUAUUUCGCUGGGUUGUGUCGAAUGACCUCGACAUACGCGCCCUGGAACAGAUGUCUUUGGUUUGCCGGGGGUUCUAUAUUUGUGCAAGAGACCCAGAAAUCUGGCGUUUAGCUUGUUAUCGGGUCUGGGGACGGAAUUGCAUCAAAACUGUACCCUUCAAAUCCUGGAGGGAGAUGUUUCUGCAAAGGCCUCGUGUCCGGUUUGAUGGUGUUUAUAUCAGCAAGACAUCAUACAUUCGUCAAGGGGAACAAUCUCUGGAUGGAUUUUACAGACCUUGGCACCAAGUUGAGUUCUACAGGUACCUCCGCUUCUUCCCUGACGGCCACGUCCUCAUGUGUACCACCCCUGAUGACCCUCAGUCAGUCGUUCCCUGCUUGCGUACAAGAAACAACAGACUGGAUCCUGUCCUGCUCGGUCAUUUCCGUCUGUCACAGGAGACCGACAAUCAAACCAAAGUUUUUGCUGUUGUCUGCAAGAAAAAGGAGGAGAAAGGGGCCGAGAUUCAAAGAAGUCGGUUCUGCAGGCGGAACCCAGCACCAGAAGCCGAACACAGCUUCCAUGUGGCACUGCAUGUGUCCUCUGGGGGGCGUCAGAGUAAGCUGACAUGGAUCCACCACUCCUGCCACAUAAACUACAAGAUGACUGGCGAGACGGUUGUCACGACGUUUGACCUGAACAGGAUGUACACGCCCUUCUACUUUGCACGUGUGAAGAGUUACACUGCUUUCUCUGAGCAGCCACUGUAACGCAGCAUGGAGACCUGCUCAUGAUCCCUGUGAAGAUCACAGCAAACGUUCCGACUGCAUUUACAUAAAAUAUGUACUCGUCACCCUGUUAAGUUUGUGCUGCAGCUACAUCAAAUGUUUUCCCACACCAGAGCAUGGCACAUUUCAGGUUUGUGUGAUAAAUGUAUUAGUUAUUUUCUGAUUUCAGAAAUGAUGGCAAUGUGCUGAGAGCUAAAAUAAUUAGCAACUGAUCUCUACCUGUUCUUAGCAAAGAGUGUUCUGCUAUUAAUGUUUGUGUGUUAUGGUGCACUUUCUCCCUUAAAUAAACAUUGGUGAAAAGAA